AUGUCCCUGAGAGUUCAGUGUAGACACUCCCACUCCUGUUUAUGGUGUAAUGAAAAAGGGAAGUCAUUCUAUUCUACUGAAGCGGUUCAGGCACACAUGACCGACAAGAGUCACUGCAAACUAUUCACAGAUGGAGACGCCGCACUUGAGUUCGCUGACUUCUAUGACUUCAGGAGCAGUUAUCCUGAUGCUAAACAUGGAGAUGAUGUGGAGAUGAAGGAUGGCGAACUGCCUGAUGAAAAGGCUGUAGAGUUUGAUGAUGAGACGCUGGAGCUCACUUUGCCCUCAGGUGCUAAGAUUGGCCAUCGCUCCCUAAUGAGGUACUAUAAGCAGAGGUUUGGUGUUCAGAGGACGUUGGUUCCAGCUCAUAACCAGAAGGCUGUUGGUCGAGUCCUUAAACAGUACAAAGCACUUGGAUGGGCAGGAGACUUUGGUAAAGGCUUUGUGAGCCAGCAGCAGAAGGACAUGCAGUAUGUGCGGAGGAUGAAGUCCAAGUGGAUGCUGAAGAUGGGCAUGAACAGUAACGCCACCAAACAGACCCAUUUCAGAGCUCAAGUCAUGUUCUAAACCAAUCAACCUUCAGCACUAGUAGACAUUCAACUUUUCAGAGUUCAUAGCAGUAUUCUGUGUUGAUUCAGCUGAGAUGUGAACUGCUGCUAAGGUGAAACAUCAUACAUGAAUGUUUAAGGCAACAUCCAUAGUGUAUAAGGAAACAUUGUGCUUUAGAUAUCCAAAUCAUGGAGAUCCAAAUGAUGUGCUUUUCCAGCAUCAACAUGAGAUUGCUGUUCAUAAUGACCUUUAUUACCAUUUCCAAGUUUAAUGCUCCUUGUAAAAACAUUAUGUAGAACAACUUCAGAUUUAUAAUACUGUAUAAAUGAUCAAUAAAAUAAGCAAUGCCUGA